AGUGCAUUUCAUGCAUUCUUAGUAGAUAGGCUGAAGGAAACGCCUAGUUCAGUCACUGCUAGAGGCUAGAAAGCGUGCGGGGAGUUCAUGAACGCCGCUCAUCUCCUGCAGUCACCGUGCUGUGCAUGUAGCUGUCGGGGGGAAGGAUUGCACACCACUGGGCACAGCAUGACCACCCCACCUGCAGGACACCUCACCUGUGUGCCACAGCUCGUCACAGUGAGUUAAGGGGCUGCUGCUUAUUGAAAAUGGAGGAAACAAGGAAGCUUUCUCCAAAGCCGUGUAAGAGCAAAGAGCCUGUGAAAACAGAAUGGGGAGCUCAGAGCGUCGUCUUUACGUAUUUCCAAGGAGAUAUUAACAGUGUGGUGGAUGAACAUUUCUCUAGAGCUCUGAGCAAUGCCAGGAACCCACAAGACCUGAGCACAAAGCACAAGAGCGAGGUUGUCGUCCCGAAGCAUGAUAGCAUGUCUCCUCACCAGUGGAAUUUCUCCUCGCAUUGCUCCAAACCAUAUCCAUCAUCCUCCUCUACCAGCAUGUCCAACUCUGCUCUGAAUUUCCCUGCUGUUGCUAUGGCAGGGCAGUACCAGCCAGCAGCUCUGCGUACUCACCCAGCACCGCCUGCAGACCUCUGGCCCUUCCCUUCCCUUGGCACUCCCAGUCUCACCAGCCCUGUGUAUCAUCAUGCCGUGCCCGACCUGCACGUGGUGGAUGAAUCCAUCUCCGACAGGAAAUACGGUUCCCUUCUUGGUCUUCUACAACAGGAACGGUGCCUGAUGUCCAUGCAGGAAUGUGCUGUGAAGCAACACUCGAGUUCUACUUGUAUGACUGGACCUGCUAGAUUACAAAAUAUAAGCCAAAGUUCAGUUCCUGGGGGAGAGAGGAAAGCCAGCUCUUACCAAGGCUCAGAGAACCCCAGCGCAAGCCAUGCCACUGCAGGUAUUCAGAUUCAUGACAGAAGACAGGAUUUGUACUUUUAGCCACGGGACAUUUCUACUUUAUUCCAACAAAGUUCUUGCCAUGAACUGUUCCUAUUUGUGACUGUGAAUCAAGAAGAAAUGAACUGCAGCUGUUCUCUGCUUUGUCUCUCAGAUGGAAGAAUACUAUUUACUGUGUUAGGAAUUAAAAAUUGCUCUCUGUGUUCAGUAAAUAUUUCUAAUAGUUGUGGCAUCGAAACUGAUGGACUGUGUUUGUUGUGAAGAAUCGCUGUUUGCUGUAUGGCUUUCCACACUUAACCCUCUAUGAAAGGACUUUUAGCACUUUUUAAUCACUGUUGAUAAGAAGCACAAUUAUAUCACAGAGGGCUGCAAUUAGCUGCAGCUGCUUAUCUUGAUUUGAUAUCUCUGUAGUGUUUAAAAUAGUUGUAGACCAUGGGCUUCCAUUGCAAAAAAACUUCAAGACAACCAUGAGCCAGAAAAGCUCAAUAUCAUCUUUAGUUUUCCUACAUACAGCAAUUUGUAGCCCAUUACAGCACCUGGGCUGAACUCAUCUAUCAGCAGCUGUAAAAAAGUAGAGUAAGAAAAUCCCACCCUGUAUAAUACAAGUGUACUCUAGUGUAUACAAGAGCUAGCGUAUACAUGAAAAUGCAUGCAAGAGGAACCGUGUU